ACCCAGCCUACUCAUGCCCUCCCGUCUGCCCAGCAGGGGCCAGGUGAGGCCCGGCUCCUGCACUGAAGUCUCUACUUGCCUGAGAUAAGUCUGGGCUCGGCUUUCUGGGCUCUGACCCACCCUUCAACAGAGAAGACCCCUCGCAGCCUGUGAGAUGCUCCUGGAGCUCAGAGUGGUGCCUGCACCCCAACCCUGCUCUCUGGAGUCUGGCUUGUUGGACACUGUCCCCACAGAGCCCACCCAGCCUGGCCCUCCUGUCACAGUGCAGCACACCCACUGUGCCACCCCAACCAGCAGCCACCAGGAGAGCAUACGCAGCCUUCCCUGGCCGGGUCGGGGGAGCAGAUGGUGCUUCUGGGAGCUUUCCUGGGCACAGGCCUCAGGGACGCCAGUCUUGAGCUGCCUGCCCUCACCCCCAGCCCCCCAGGGCCCACGGUGCCUAGGAACUUGCCAUUGCCCCAAACUUCAAGCCAGUGACAUUGACCCUGCAGUGGCAUUUUGCAGGAUUUCUGUCCAAUGGGUCCCUUGCUGCCCUUCCUGGGGCCAACCCGCCAUGGCUGAAGCUUGCGCCACACCAGAUGGGAGGGGAAGGCAGGUUCCUCCAGGUCCAAGCCAGGCCCCAGCCGCAGGAGGAGGUGCUACUGGAUGGCACUGUUUCCUGAAUAGGCCCUUCUCUUCUAAACCCUGACCCAACUCUCCUGCUGGCAGGCCUCUGGUACUGAGUGGCGAGGCCCGCCCAGGUCCUGCGUGGGGGCCGUGCCCUCACCUUCCGGAACUCGGGGCUGUGGCCUCAGGCUGUGCUGUGCACAUGCACUCCCAUUCCCACUCCCGUGCUGGGCCUCCACGACCAAUGUAGUCAACAUGGCAGGAAGAAGGGCCAGGGGCUGGGGGAGCUGGGCAGGCAGGAAGGACCCUUGAGGACCGUGACACAGGCCCUGGGAGGUGAAAGGCAACUUCAGGCAGAGCCCAACAGCGGAAGGAGUGAUGGAGUGAAGGGGCAGAUAUGGGCAGAAGAGCCACGCAGAGGAGGCCCUGCCCUCCAGGGUCACUGUCCUUGUAGGGGUGGAGGACACUGAGCAGUGCCCACAGCAGAGGAGGCCCUGCCCUCCAGGGUCACUGCCCUUGUUGUAGGGGUGGGGGACACUGAGCAGCGCCCACAUGUGGAACAGUUCUGAGCAAGGGGUGCGUGCCCCUCCUGCAGUAAGAUGGACCCUGCUCCUUGCUGUGCUGACCACCUCCCUUAGCCUGACCACCAGACAGACGGUGUGCUGCUGGUCCCACGGGGAGCAGAGGGCAGCAACAGCCUAACAGGGCCCCUGGCCUGGUGGCAGAGGGAUAAGGGUCAGGGGUCCCCCUGGAAGAAAUGGCCCCCGGCCUGCCCCUGCACAGGGAGCAGCAGACAUUGCAAGCUGAGGGAAGGGCGCUGGGCUCCCUGUGGCCCUUGGGAAUGGAGGCCACAUUCUCCAGGUGGGGCAUGGCCCCCAAGGCCAAGUGCUUUGGGAAAGUGGUCUGCACCCAGCGCCUCAACGGCCCAGAGCCAGGGCCAGGCUCCAGCCCCCUGGGCCAGCCCCCAGGCAGCGCCUGCAGCGCAGGUCCACAAUCAAGUGUCCAAACACCACGUUCGGGAUGCCCAGCAUCUUGGUGGUGUUACCCUACAGUUCACCUGGAGCCCGCCUGCGAGACUGGACCGGAGGGACCACACCCAAGGCAGCCACGACUUUCCGGGCCAGCUCCCGAGGGUCCCCGGGCCACGCGCAGACCAGCGGCAGAGCAGGCCACGCUCGGUCGAGGUUAAGGCGCCGUGCCCGGGCUGAGGGCGAGACCCACCCUCGCGUCACGAAUCUGGGCCAGGUGGAGCUGCGGGGUAGGGCUUGCGGCGAACAAGCCCUCUGAACACGCUGGGCGUGGCCCAGUGGGAGGGGAUUGCGUUGAGCGGGGAAUGGUGGGCGAGGCUUACGUUGGGCAUGGGGCCAGUGGGCGGGGCUUGCAUUGAGUGGCGGCCCAGAGAAUGGGGGCGUCUCGUGGGCGAGGGCUCCUGUGGGCGGGGCCUGCGGCGAACGAGGCUUGCACUGGGCGGGGCCCGGUGGGCGGGGUUUACGCUGCGUGAGGCGUCCUGUGGGCCUGUGCUCCUGUGGGCGAGGCCUGCGACGAACGGGGCUUGCUCUGGGCGGUGCCCGGAGGGCGGGGUUUACCCUGCGUGGGGCGUCCAGUACGCGUGUGCUCUUGUGGGCGGGGCCUGCGGCCAGCGGGGCCCGGUGGGCGGGGUUUACUCUGAGCGGGCGUUCUGUGGGCGUGCCAUGUGGUGGGUGUGUCUUGUGGUGGGCGGGGCCCCAUAAAGCCGCGCCGCCGGGCUUUGCUCCAACUUCCGCAGAGCAUGGCCCGGGGGCGGCUGGCCGCCCGCGGACUCCGGCUGCUGCUGCCGCUCCUGCCGCUCCUGCCGCUGCCUCAGGUGGGUCGGGCGGCGUUCUCUCGCGGUUCGGCCAGCGCGGGGCGGGUCCGUGCUCGGACCACGCCCCUCCCGGGCUCACCCUUGUCCCCACAGGUGGCGCUGGGCUUCGCGGACGGCAGCUGCGACCCCUCGGACCAGUGCCCGCCCCAGGCCCGCUGGAGCAGCCUGUGGCACGUGGGGCUCAUCUUGCUGGCAGUCCUCCUGCUGCUGCUGUGCGGGGUCACAGCCGGCUGUGUCCGGUUCUGCUGCCUCCGGAAGCAGGCACAGGCCCAGCCACAUCUGCCACCAGCACGGCAGCCCUGCGACCUGGCAGUCAUCCCUAUGGACAGCGACAGCCCUGUACACAGCACUGUGACCUCCUACAGCUCUGUGCAGUACCCACUGGGCAUGCGGUUGCCCCUGCCCUUUGGGGAGCUGGACCCGGACUCCAUGGCUCCUCCUGCCUACAGCCUGUAUGCCCCGGAGCCUCCACCCUCCUACGAUGAAGCUGUCAAAAUGGCCAAGCCCAGAGAGGAAGGGCCAGCAUUCUCCCAGAAACCCAGUCCUCUCCUUGGGGCCUCAGGCCUAGAGACCACUCCAGUGCCCCAGGAGUCGGGCCCCAAUACUCAACUACCACCUUGUAGCCCUGGUUCCCCUUGAAGGAGGUAGGAGAACGGACCAGAGCUUGGAAAACUAGCGCUUGGAGCCAAGGGCCCCCAGCCCACCCCACCAUCCCGCACAUUGCUGUGGCCCCAGCUUCGGUGCCAUGUUACACCGGCCCCAUGGCGUCACCCCCUAGGCAGGCUGCUGCUUUCAGCCUCAGCCCCUGGCCCAGCCCCAGCAGGCCCUCAGCCUGGAAGAGGCCCCUUGGGCCUGAGCCUCGGGUGGGAGCUCAGGGCCAGCUGUGACGUCUGCAUCUUCUUGGAGAGAGAAUAAAGUUUGUAUUUAAGUGG